ACUGACUCUCUUUCAUACUCAUACCAACCCCUCGCUCUGGUAUCCUUCCCUUCGCCCAUCGCGUCCUCUCAUUCCAUAGCAGGUGUCAGCUUCACUCUUUCAGCUGUGCACCUUGCUGUCCGUUCUUUCUUUAUCCCGUCUUGUUCCACCGAGUGCUUUGCAUACCCGGCGACGACCGACCUCGACUCGACUCGACCGACUUCGACACGACGAAAAAAGAAAACAACCUUACCCGACCAUAUACUCUCUUUCCUUGCUUGGUUUAUUCCGGUCUUGAUUUGUUCCUGAAACCGUAGGAACUGUUGAGACAUCGCUACGACUUUGUUUAUUUCUUGAAUCUUGAAUUCAGAGGAUCGUAUUUUGUUGACAAUCUUUGAACACGCGUUACCAACUACCGACACCUCCGACGAUAACAUGUUCCCCAAGCUUGUCGCUCGCGACAACCCCGAAGAUGGAUUGUCUCCCGCUAUGGUCGAUUUGCUGAUCGCUCUUUUGGUCUUGGUUCUUCUCGCUCUCAUCCUGGUUGCCGGUCUUAUGAUCUUGCGUCGCAAGCGCCAGAACCGCAAACUGUCCGACCUUCCCGUGCACAACGGAGAAUGCACGCCUUCCGCCCAUCACCGCCGUCUUACGAUUUCGGCCUCCCCCGGCGCAAAGACAGAGUCCGUUUUGGUUUACGAUGAGAAGCGCAGUCUGAUGGAGAAUUCGUCCAGUCCGCCAGACAGUCCAGUUCCCGAGAUCCGCAUCACGUUCCCCGAAGAGGAGGAUGAAGCUGGGAAGCGCAAGUCCGGACGCAUGGUGGUUGUGAGGAUUAGCGACACCGGUGGUGUGGGCUUGGAGCCAUGCCAUGAGGAACUUCCGCCGUAUCAGUCCAGUGAUGCCGACCGUUUCCAUUCCCUGGACAUUGAGCGCAUGGGUGGACUGAAGGAGAAGGACGACCUGAACAGGUGGUCUUAGCGAACUAUUCUGAUCGAAAAACCCGUCAGCGAUCCGCCUUUUUCCUUUCUUCCAUCGACUGAUACCCUACCGAUCGAGCCACACGGUACUUCAUCUUCGACGAUUCCAAAAGCAUGACGAUAUACCGCCAUAUACCUUCAACCUUUUUACCUAGUGUAUUUUGCUUGUUUUUUUUUUUUUU